AAAGGGCCGUUCGGCAAAAAUGUCAAAUAAAACCAAGGGGCCUGGACCAAAAACCCUAGCCUCCGUUCCCAACCACCACCGCCGCCGCGCACCAAACCCUCCGCCCCCGAGCCCCGCCGCCGCCGCCGCCGCUGCCAUGCGUCCGCUCGACGAGAAAGAGACCACGAUGGUCUUCGAGAAGCUCUUCAAGUUCACGGGCCCCAACCUGAAGCACCUCAUGGAUAGGCCUGCCGUGGAGGGUCCCGACCCGCAGCCCGGCCGCUACUGCCUCCGCCUCCACAAGAACCGCGUCUACUACGCCUCCGAGGCCCUCGUGCGCCGCGCCACCUCCGUCUCCCGCCCGCGCCUCGCCGGCGUGGGGACCCCCAUCGGCAGGUUCACCCACCACGGCGCGUUCCACCUCACCGUCCACGCGCUCGACCUCCUCGCGGCCCACGCGCGCCGCCGCGUCUGGCUCAAGCCCGACACCGAGCGUUCCUUCCUCUUCGGUAACUCCGUGCCCAAGUCCUCCCUCGCGCGCAUCACCGAGAACACCAAGUCCGGGGACGGCGUCGUCGUCAUGUCCAUGGCUGACGUCCCGCUCGGGUUCGGCGUCGCGGCCAGGUCGGCACAGGACUGCAGGAAGGCCGACACCAACGCCGUCGUCGUGCUGCACCAGUCGGAUGCCGGGGAGUACCUCCGCAAGGAGGAGGAGCUCAUGUGAGGUGAGGGCCGAGGCUUGGUUGGUUGUUCUCGAGUUACCUGGUUGGAUUAUAUUUGAGUGAAAUUAGAAACAUUACUACGUCUCAUAAUUGUGUUCAAGACUUGAUGCAUAUGCAUUUCACUGUACUGAAUGAUUAAUUGAUUAUGAGAUGAGGUGAUUGCGGAUGCCAAA